GAGUGAAAAUGAAAGCAGAUAUUGUCGUUGUUGAACAGAGCUGAGACGCCAUUACAGGGAGUGAGAUCUCUGCUGGAAAACACACAGUUGGAGUUUAUUAAGUGGAGAAGUGAAGAGACUAAAAGCUGGUGAGUCCUGCUAUUACAAUAUUAAUUUACAAAUGGCUGAGAGAGCUGUUCUUGAAAGUUACCUGAGCUGCCAUGUGUGUUCAGAGACUUUCAGAGAUCCUGUGUCUCUGAGCUGCAACCACAGCUUCUGUUCAAGCUGCCUGCAGAAAUUCUGGGAACAAGCUAAAAACAAAAACUGUCCCAUUUGUAAAACAAAGUCCUUGACAGAUGAGCCAGCAUUAAAUUUUACACUGAAGGAACUGGCUGACUCCUUUGCUGGGAGACAGAAGAAUGAUUCACCUGAGACAGAAAAAGAAAAGGAGAAAGAGGAGGUGGUGUGUGAUAAACAUCCUGACGUCUCUUAUUGGUUUUGUGAGGAUGAAGAUAGAGCUGUGUGUCCUGUCUGUGAGUUUCCUCUCCACCAGAGUCACAAGGUGGUUCCUAUAGAACAAGCAGUCAGUGAGCUGAAGGACCAGCUGAAAUGUGACUUAAAGUCUCUGCAGGACAAGAGGGACAAAUACAAACAAGUGGAGGAAACAUACAAUGAAGUGAUUGAACACUCCAAGAAGCAGCUGUUGUCCACAGAGAGGCAGAUCAGAGCAGAGUUCAACAAGCUCCAGCAGUUCCUGAAAGAGGAAGAGGAGUCCAGGCUGGCAGCUCUGAGGAGGGAAGAGGAGCAGAAGAGGAAGACUAUCAGAAGAGAGAUGAAGAUGAUUGAGGAGCAGAUCUCCUCUCUGUCACACAGUAUCUGUGCUGUUGAAGAAGAGCUGCAGAAACACGAGGUGCCAUUCCUCAGCAGUUAUAAAGCCACUCAGAGCAGAGCCAGAGUCCAGUGCUCACUGUCAGAUCCACAGCUGGUCUCAGGAGCGCUGAUAGAUGUGGCCAAACACCUGGGCAACCUGUCCUUCAGAGUCUGGGAGAAGAUGAAGGACAAGGUCCACUUCAGUCCUGUCAUUCUGGACCCAAACACUGCAAACCCCUGGUUCUAUCUGUCUGAUGAUCUGACCAGUGUGAGACGUGGAGACACAGAGCAGCAGCUUCCUGACAAUCCAGAGAGAAACACUUACUAUGUAAAUGUUCUGGGCUCUGAGGGCUUCAGCUCAGGGAAACACAGCUGGGAGGUGGAGGUGGGAGACCAUCCUCACUGGAUUGUGGGUUUUGCCAAAGAGUCAGUUGACAGGAAGGGAGAGAACGAUAGUACACCAGAGGAUGGUAUCUGGUGUUUAGUCUACUACAGUGGAAAAUACUUUGAUGGAGCUGGUGAGUCUGUCACAGUGAAGAAGAGUCUUCAGAGGAUCAGAGUCCAGCUGGACUAUGACAGGGGGGAGGUGUCCUUCUACGACCCUGAAGACAUGACUCACAUCUGCACUCACAGAGACACUUUCACUGAGAAACUCUUCCCAUGGUUCAGUCUUGGAUCAGCUGGUGAUGCUAAAACUGCUGAUAUCAAAAUGUGUCACAGUGAGAUUUCUCUGUGAUGUUCAGACAUGUUGGUGUUAGUGAAGACUUUACUCUGACUUCACUGUUUGUCUCCAUGUCAUUGGGAUAAUUAAGACAAUACACAGUUAAUCCAGAAAGAUGUGUUUCUAAUACCCAAACUGCAUUACAUUAUCAGGUGAUGAACUUUCAUGCAGGUACAAAUCAAGGCUGAUUUUUGAAUGAUAUAUUCUUUAACAUGGUCAUCAGCAUCUUGUUUUGAGUCAGACAACACUGUAUAGUAGUAUCAGUCAUCAGCUUUAGUUUGAGAUAUUAUUGGAGUCUUUUAUGAGGUAAAUCAGUUUUGGAUCUGUUGUUUUAUUCUGAGGAAACAAGUGGUUUCAUUUCAUUUUAUUUUAAGUCAGUCUUUAAUUCUUCAUACUGUAUGUGAUAUUUUUGUAGUGUAUACAUGGUGAUUGUUUUUGCAGUUAAACUACUAUAAUUGUAACUCAAAAAUUGUCAUUCAACACUGUCAAGAGUUCAUUUAAUUUAGUAAUAAUGAUUGACUUUAUGAAUAAAUGUGAGUAAAAGUUUAAAUAAUAUAUCUGUCGAUACAGUAUAGCUGAAAGUAUAUGUAUACGUAUUCUUUCAGCUGUUGUAUAUAAGGUGCUGUUAAGUAGAUGAACUUUAAUGUCAGUGGUUGCUUCUUUUAGCAUCAUUAUUACCUGAAUAUCUCUGAUAACAAUAAUUAUGUUUUAUUGUCACUUUGUAUGUCUCACUUCUGUUAUUCCCCCUUCCCCAGGCCUCUUCAUUGCCAUUCUCUACCUUUCCACCAUAUGCCCUCAGACCCUCCCACCAAUCCCAGUCACCUGACUCUCAUUCACCUGCUCACCUGUUUCCACUUUCAGCCAUCUAAACCUGAACCCCUGAACCUGAUCCUGUGACAUAGGCCUAUAUAUUAUUAUGAUCUGGCACCAUCCUGGUAAAUCUUAUAUACCCUCAGUAAGAUCAGAUACAGUAUUUAGUGUUCAGUAUUUACAGAAGUUGUGAGGGGUUUUACAAUAAAAACUAAAUGAAAGAGUUGCUGAUUUUCAGGACUAU